ACGAACAGUCACCACGUCACAAAUGUCAAAGCACAUUCGAAUUUCAAAAAUCAAAACACUUAACCGAAGUUUGUCGAUACAAAAGAAAAGAACUACUGUGUUUCGAGAUUAACUUAAACAAAAUGAGUUUAGUAAGUGCUGUGUUACAAGAAGUUGAUUCUACUAAAAUGAAGGAUUUUAAGAAAUAUAGCGACGAAUUAACGCCGAGGCUCAAAGACCUCAUCGAACGUGUUGAAAUAUUAUCAUGGACAUUGCAGCAACAUUUCAUCGACUCUUACCUCAACUACACUACAACGAAAAGCCUGGAGCAAUUGAAUUAUAAUAACAGAAAGGGAAACAUCGUCAAUGACUACGCCACCAUCACUGAAGAGUUAAAAUCUUUGCGUGAAAAGUUCCACAUUACUGACGAAGAGUUUAAUGAACGUUGUGAAAAAUUGGACAAAUCUAUGGGCGUUUUGAAUGAAUUUUGUGUCGCAGCUGAAGGUAAGCGGGUCUUACAGGUUGCCAACCAUGAAUUUAGGAGGUACAAUUACUGUGAAGCUAUGUUAGCUAUUAAAAAGCUUCAAGAUCAGAUCCGGCUGUUAAAUUUUAAAGGUGAUGCGGCUAAGGCUCUGCUAAACUUGAUAGCGCAGGCUGAAAAUCAAUUGUCAUUGUAUACUGCUCAGUUGAGUGUGGAGUGGGAAGAUCUGUUCUCAUGGUUAGAGGUCUCAAGUCUCAAUUUCCUCACUUACUCAUUGUCUGUGCAACAGAGUGACCCUAUUAUGCUACAGAAAGUUCUCAGAACUUUAUAUGUAACUAAAAGAUUAAAUGCCGAGUUAGAUCAGUUUUCCCAUUUCUUCAUAGAUCAGUUGUUACACAGUGUAAUAAGACAUAACUGUGAGAUAUUUACUGAAGACCACAUAGGUGCCGUUUUCUUCAAUAUUAAAAUAGAUUUGGCUAACAAGGCUAAACCUAACUAUCAGACAAUAUUCAUUAACCUAACAGCCAUCUUUGAGUUCCUGCAGUCUACUCUGGGCUCUCAGUUGGAAGGCGACCAAAACUUCAUCGAAAUAUUUGCUAAUUCCAUUAGACAAAAAUUCUUUAGUAAAAUAAUUGAUGAUUGCAUCAGGAACAACUUGCCAUCCUGUAACAGUACUUACAAGAACUACACCAACCUUGUAGUGGAGUUGGAUGCCUUCAACAAGUUCUUAAUAGAGUCUAGAUUUGUAGAAGCGUCAAAAUCCCCGCUGAACAAGUAUAUAGAUGAUACAGAAUGUGUCCUCUACAACAAGAAGUGUGACAAGCUACUGAAUGAUGUCCGGGGUUUGUUAAGCCAAAGCCUGUCAUACGGAACUGAGGUGGUGGGGACAGAAGUAGUAAAUGAAAAUGAAUCCAUAUUGGAAGUAACGGAAAAGACUGAGAACACAUGGGAUUUGAAUAAGCCAGUGUUCUUACCUAAAUGUGUAAUAUCACAAAAUGUGAAAAGGAUUUUGAGGAUGAUUUUAGAGCAUUUGGAGGAGAGUAUUAAGUUGCCAGAGAAAUAUAGCACUCAGCUGGUCUCAUACAUCAAGGAUAUAACAGGGAUGUAUCAAAGCAUUGUGCCUAAGAAGUUUAAGAUUAAUUUGGAGUGCUGCCCUUUGGACAUAGCUCUAUUCUUCAACAACUGCUUCUACCUGGCUCACGGGCUGCUAGGCCCCCCGUGGCGCACCAGCCUGCCCGGCCCGCUGGCCGACCACUUAACCACAACCAUGCUGGUCUGCAUCCAGGACCUGAGGGUGCUCGGCAUGGAGAAGAUAUCCCUGUAUCUGCAGAAACAGAAGAAUGUGAUCACUCAGAGCAUUGAGCCUAGUGAACCCUCACCCUGGUCCAAAACCAGCUACGAGCAGUUCGACACAGCAGUCAACAACGCCAUAAUCCUGAUGAAGGAUCUCAAAUGCAGCUGGCACCACAUCCUGCCCACUCGCAUGUACGAGUUGGCCAUGUGCACUCUAGCACAGGCGUUCUGCCAGUCCGUUCUGCAGAGGAUCUUCGCUGACAGCAGGCCUGUUCAGGAGGACUUAGUUUAUAUGCUGGCGGUGAGGCUGCAGGACUCGGUUGAAGAUAUCACUACACUUUUUGAGGAGCCGAUAGAACUUGACAAGAAAAUCAACGUUUGGUCGAAGUUCACCAAAAUGCCUCAACUCCUCAAAGCGCAGCUACUGGAGACCGCAGACGGGUGGAAGAACAACAGAGAGCUCGCGCAGAGCUACUCCUGCGAGGAGGUCCGCCAGAUUGUCAAGAUGAGGUUCCCCGACAACAAGUAUAGGCUCAACAUGCUGAAGGAGAUACAAUUAGCCCUAGCUGCAUCGCGCUUGUGGCAGAGAAAGUUCACGUCCCGAAACUCAGCCACCCAUCACCGACGCUAUAUAAGUGAGUGGCGCUUCCUCGCGCCCAUCAUUACGUAUCGUGCAACACUGCGACCGGCCGGGUGCUGCACAAUGCAACACUUAUCGACGGCAUUCCUGAUCAUAGCGUUAGUGAUCGUCGUCAAUCAAGGUGGCGCGACGGCACAAGACGAUGACAUCAUCACGGCAGACCAGAUCGCCGACGAGGCCAAGAACCGAGCGGUCACUAUAAUCGACGGCCCCAAGUACGUAGAACCCCUCAAACAACCAAUCAAACAACCGGCUAACCAGACGCAGCUCGAGCAGCGGCCGCCUAGCAAACCGCCUCAUCCGGCACCGGAUAAAAAUAAACAAAACUUCCUGGAACCGCCGCUGCGUGGAUCAUUCCAUCCCAUCCGGCCAAACGCUCCGCCCUCGCGACAUGUCUACCCAAAACCCUUGAACAUCAGACACACCAACUCCUUGUACAGAGUCAUUCCUCUCCACAGAAACUACCACUAUCCCAAGCAUUCCACUCGCCAACCUCUCGUUUUCGCCGCCUCCACCGGCAGACCCGUUCGCGUUCCGCUACAACCUCCCAAGUUCAGUGUACCUAUCGAAACCAUCAACGGCAUACGCGCCGACGAAGUCAGACCACCGAAGGGCUACGAGCGAAACACCACGACAUCUACCACCACAACCACGACCACAACGACCACCCAGAAACCUUUGAGAAACAAAAGAAUCUGGCCCAAAAACUACGAGAAAAAGAUCUACAUCCACACCAAACCAACAGGCAUUGCAGGCAACUUCACAGCAAAAAAGGAGAAUUUGAACAGCACAAGCACUAACAGCACAGACCUAGAGAUUGCAUCCGCGACUCACUACCGCUUUCGAUACAUCACCACAAACAGAACGGCACAUUCGACGACGACGAGCGCCCCGCUCACAAUCACGCGCGGCUACCGCCGGUUCACCAGGGUGCCCAACCAUCACACUACCACCACCGCUGCCUACGACACUAACCACACCAGAAUCGAACCUAACGAUUGGGUGCCCAUUAUACCUUCGCAUUACCCUAACAACAGACCCAAACACCCUAAUACCAAUAAGCGCCGGCCCACGCCAAGAUUGAUAUCCUUCAGACGAUCCGAUACCGGCGACGUCGAAUUCACAAGUCCCGAAGAAAACCCCGAUAUCAAUGAGAUCAGACCUGAUGAGACCAAUAAGCGCACAGUUUACCUUCAACCCUUCGGGCUUGUUCCGGUACCGGCGCAGGGUCACGGACUGGUUAACGGGAGGAAAAAGAUGGUAUUUUUCCGCAAGCGGAAGCGGCCACUGAACAUGCAAUUCUUUCCUGGUUACAGCCCCAAGCCCGGCGUGCAGCCGCACGCCUCGUACGCUCUGGGGGACCUCCACCCUGACGCCAGCCACCAGCCGCGCGUCAUCACGAGGAUCAAGCACCACCAUCACCAUCACCACCACAGAUACAUCAAAACCGUCGAAAAACCCAUCAAGGUCCCGUAUAAAGUCGAAGUGCCCAAACCUUACCCAGUCACAGUAGAGAAGAAAGUGCCCGUAGCCGUAGAAAAGAUCAAAAUCGUGGAGAAGCCCGUGCCGUAUCCGGUGCAAGUGGAGAAGAGAGUCCCGUACCCGGUUCAAGUGCAAGUGCCCCAUCCGGUUCCAUACAAAGUGAUCGAAAAGGAGUACGUUCCGAAACCGUAUCCGGUAUAUCAUCAAGUGAUAAAACAAGUGGAAGUAAAGGUCCCACAACCCGUACCCGGACCGGUAGUAGAAAAAAGGGUGCCCUACGCAGUACAGGUACCGGUGCCAGUCUACCAUCCCUACCCGGUAAACGUGACUGUCGAAAAGAGAGUGCCGUACCCAGUGGCGGUGAGAGUGCUCGUGCCUCAACCGUACCCCGUCGAAACCCGAGUACCCUACCCAGUGGAAGUAAAAGUGAGGGAACCAGUUGAGGUAGUGAAGCACGUGCCGGUCAAAGUGCCGGUCCCGCAACCAUACCCGGUUAAAGUGCCGGUCGCCGUGCCGGUGGAGAAGAGAGUUCCUUAUCCCGUGGAAGUCGAAAAAAAGGUGCCGGUACCUUAUAAAGUUAUAGUGCCUCAGAAGGUCGAAGUGGAGAAAAAGGUGCCCGUGUACGUGCCGCGGCCUUACCCGGUGAAUAAUAAACCGUCGUAUCCGGUCGAUGUGCCGGUGUAUAAUCAGAACCAGCCUACGUACAUAAGCCAGCUGAGCGAGCCGUUCCAUUACAGCUACGUGUCUGACGUCGGGUCGUACACAUCGUACAGCCCGUCGAUGGCGGGCAACGACGUGACGAGCACGCCGCACCACACGGUGACGGUCCACGGGAACACCGGGUUCGCAGGAUUCCAGUCGCGUUCAGACAAGACUGAAACGACGUCAGCAGAGAGUUCAGAGUCCACGGAGACCACCGGCGUUACCACCAUGACGACGAAACAAGCAGACGUGACGAGUGUUACAAGUGCAACUACCCAGGCCACGAUGCAAGCUCGUUAAACCGAUUUGUAGUCAUUUUAAUGUAUCGAAUGGACUCUUUUUAUUAAUUUAUUAUUUGAAAACGUCCAUGAAAAUUACGAAUUCUAUUUGU